UCUUUGCAAAUGGAUUCAAAUUUGGUAGGCCUUCUUUGCAAAUGGAUUCAAACGAGGCUAAGUUAUUAGCUAGUCCCGCUAGUGAAAACUUUGUUAGCAUGGCUUCCCCUGGCUAGCAGCUAAGUAAUUAACUGCAAAGAUCAAACAAGUGCUUACUCGUCCUAAGCAUCAACAUCAACUUUCCCCUUGAUUCAGUCAAACAUGAUUUCCAAUCCAAUGACAUAUAUCCCGGAACGGGGCAACCAACCCUGCUGCCAAAUUUCCAGUCCUCGUGUUGACUCUGUGUGCAUCUAAGACUACUAUACUAGUAGGAGUGCACUAUAUAAGAAGCUAGGCCACGGAUCUGUCUUUGUCCCGUAGUGGUAGCAGCAAAGUACCCAGCCAUCAAAAAAAAAAAAAAGCAGCAAAGUACCCUGCGUUGCCUGCAGGGCCACCACUGGCACCGACCGAGGAACUGAGGAAGUGCGUGCGCAGCCUGCAACCCAUGGCCGCUUCUCGCCGCUCCUCCGUUGAGCUGCCCGUCGCGGACCCGGCGGCGGAUCGAGACCAAGUCCGGCUGCGCCAGCUGGGCUACAAGCAGGAGCUCAAGCGAGGCCUCUCCGUUCUUUCCAACUUCGCCUUGUCGUUCUCCAUCAUCUCCGUGUUCAUGGGCGUGACCAUCACCUAUAACACCGGCCUGCGCUACGGUGGCCCGGUGUCCAUGACGCUGGGGUGGCUCGUCGUCUCCGCCCUCAACGGCUGCGUCGCGCUGUCCAUGGCGGAGAUCUGCUCGGCGUACCCGACCUCCGGCGGCCUCUACUACUGGAGCGCCAAGCUCGCCGGCAAGGACUUGGCUCCCUUUGCGUCCUGGCUCACUGGAUGGUUCAACAUCGUGGGACAGUGGGCAGGUACGACGAGCGUGGACUUCUCAUUGGCGCAGCUUGUGCAGGUGAUGGUCCUGCUGGGCACCGGAGGGCUCAACGGCGGCGGCUACAUGGCAUCCAAGUACGUCGUGCUGGCCAUCUAUGGUGCCAUCCUGGUCAUACAUGGCUUAAUGAACAGCCUCCCUAUCCACUGCCUCGCAUGGUUCGGCCAUCUCGGAGCAUUCUGGAAUACCGCAGGCACAUUUGCUCUGGUGAUCAUCAUUCCAGCUGUUGCGACGGAGAGGGCGAGCACGGAGUUUAUCUUUACACAUUUGAACACAGAAAAUGGCAUGGGUAUCCACGACAAGGCCUACAUUCUUGCCAUGGGGCUGCUGAUGAGCCAGUACUCGCUCAUCGGCUAUGACGCAUCAGCACACAUGACGGAGGAGACAAAGAACGCGGACUGGAGUGGUCCAAUGGGGAUCGUCACUUCCGUUGCUCAGUUGCUCUGUCCAGCGUCUUGGGAUGGAUUUACCUGGUGGCUUUGGCGUCGCUGAUGACGGACAUCACAUACCUCCUGGACCCCGGCAACGACGCCGGCGGAUACGCCGUCGUGCAGGCCCUGUAUGACGCCUUCCACAGGAGGUUCGGCAGCGGCGUCGGAGGCAUCGUGUGCUUGGGGAUCGUCGCCGUCACCACCUUCCUGUGCGGCUCUGCAUGCGUCACCAGCAACUCAAGGUAUUACGUGCAGUGCAGUGCAGUGCGUGCUCCCGAUUAUUGUGUAAAACUGAA